CUUGUUACUUCUCCAUCCGAAGAUUACAGUGAAGUCAACUAUCGUCGAUUUUCAAGAUUUUCGUGUCGUUACGUGAUCGAUAAAGGAAUUUUGAUUUUAAUCGUUACGCGGUCAUCAUGAAGAUUUUUAUCGUUCUAAUGGUUUUUAUAGCGAUGUGUUAUGCGCAAAACAAUAGAUAUCCGUACAAUCCCGAUUAUUAUGGCCGACGUUUCGCCAUAUUGCGACAAUCACAAGACUCCUCUCCGGAUGGAUCGUACUCCUACAGUUACGACACAGAGAACGGCAUAUCCGUGGCAGAACAAGGUGUACCGAAGUACGCACCACCGAAUCAAAUCGAAUCCGUGAGAGGACAGUUUAGUUACACGGCACCGGAUGGAACACCCAUUUUGGUGACUUACACAGCGGAUGAAAAUGGCUUCCAAGCUAGCGGAGCUCAUCUACCAACACCACCACCGAUACCGGUCGCGAUACAACGCGCUUUGGCGCACAACGCAGCGCACCCUGAAGAAGAUGAACUUUACAGAAGAUAUUAAAACAUUGUGACACGUGUCUCGGUUAUAGGAAACGGCUCGUACAAAGCAAAUUAACCCUUGUGUCAAUAACCACAGUGUUCAAAGAUCGUUUAUUACUAUAAUAACCUGAGGACCGAUUAUACCAUGUUGGUUUACGUGAAUAUAACGUGGACGGCGGAAUUGUUUAUGGGGACAAGUAUACGGUUGAUAGACUCACUAUGGUCCAUAGUAUUUAGGUAAGAUAACUAUGCUUUUAUGAGCACUUCGGGAAACGUGAGAGGUACUAUCAAGUAUAAUUCAAGCACAGAGUAAAUAUAAUUAGUUAAUAGGUUAUAUCUGAAUAAUUUUAUCAUGGGUGAAUACAGAGUACGUUUAUUAUUCAGUGUUAGGAUUUUGGGACUUUUUAAUUUUGGGACUUAAUUUGAGGAUUUGGAUGAUUUUUAAAAUGGGAAGUUGUGAGUUUGAAGUGGAAAUUUAUUAUGUUAUAAGUGCUUUGAGAGAAGUGGGAGGUGAGAGUGUAAUUUAAUUAUAGACAAGAUUUUAUAAAUUAUCAAAUUUUCAAAUUUAGAGAAUUAUA